AUUUGUUCUGUGAGGAAAGCAUGUCUGAUUUGUUCCUCUGAACAUGUUCACCUGUGAGAUCACUCUUUCUUCGCCGCCGCUGCCUUGAUCCUCGAUUGUGCCAAUUGCUGCAAAUGAGGUCACCAACAUCAACAUGCCUCAACCUAAGACCAAUAAACCCUCAUUGGUCCACUCCACGUCUCGUUCGUCUUCCCAGAGUCCAGGGCCAAGUUCCCCUUCUCAAGCGACAGAAACUACUCGUUUGCUUUCAAAGCGAAAACCCUCGGACCAAGCAGCCCUCGCCGGCCAUGACAACCAUGAAGUACAUCAUCGAGGACCCAUUUCGUCCGCUCGUUUCAAAUUCUUGUUCAUCAGCAUUCUCCUCAAUUGCAUCAUUGCCUUUUUCGACUCGACGUUGAUGGCCAGUGCUCAUCCUGUCAUCACCUCCUAUUUCAAUGCAUCCAACGCCGCAUCCUGGUUCAGCACCGUCUUCUACCUAACCUCAACCGUCUUCCAGCCAUUAUACGGCAGAAUCAGUGACACCAUUGGCCGUCGUCCAGUCUACCUCUUCGCCAUUACCAUGUUUUUCUGCAGCACUGCCUGGUGUGGUUCUGCUCCAGACUUAGGCAAUUUCAUCGCUGCUCGAGCUGUCUGUGGUAUGGGUGCCGGCGGAGUGACCACCAUGGCCGGAAUCCUGACCAGUGACUUGGUCAAGAUCGAGUAUCGAGGUAUUUACCAGAGUUAUUUCAACAUGGCUUAUGGCUUUGGCAUAGGAAUCGGCGCCGCCCUUGGUGGGUUUCUGUGUGAUCAUUUUGGUUGGAGAAUGGCUUUCUACCUCCAACUACCUUUUAUUCUUGUCUUUGGUUGUCUUGCCUACAUUGCUGUUCCAAAAGGUCUCGGUCCCAACUUGGCCAAAACGCGGGGGACGAGCCUUGGGUCAGCAUUUUCCAGCUUCGACUCGUAUGGAGCCGUGGGUUUAUCAACCAUGACGACUUGUCUCAUUCUCGGAGUAAACCUCGGAGGGAAUGUCUUCAACUGGACACACCCUUUGGUAAUCACAAGUCUCGUUCUUUUCAUCAUCUCUGCUGUUGCUCUUUACUUCAUCGAACGCGGAGCCGAAUACCCCAUCCUUCCAAUUCCAUAUCUUUCGACCAAACCCAACGGGAACCUAAUGUGGUCGAACUUCUUUGCCGCCAUCGUCAUCAACACCGUUCUAUUCAACAUCCCUCUCUACCUCCAAGCUGUACGGCAGACUACUCCCACCACCUCGGGCAUAUUUCUUCUAUCUCCGCUAUUUGGAAUUAGUAUCACUGCCGUUCUGGUAGGCUACUACAUCACCUACACGCGCAAGAUGAAGGGACCCAUGACAAUUGGAACUAUCAUUCUGAUUAUGGGAAUCGUCUUGGUCACGGCGUGUCUGUCUCCCGAAGUUCCUACCUGGGCUGUCCCUCUCUUGAUUCCAUUCUGUAGCAUUGGACAAGGGUUUUUGUUCCCUGCCGUCACCAUCUCGGUCCUUGCUAUCAAUCCUCAAGAUGAACAAGCCGUGGUAGGCACCACUCUCGGCCUCCUCCGCAACCUUGGUUCCAUUCUCGGCGUCGCCGUGAGUUCUUGGCUAGUUCAGAAUGCAUUAAUUGUAUUCCUCGAUUCCUACGUCACGGCAGCCGACCCACAAACCAAAGCCGCCAUCAUCCGAACCGUUCGGGAAUCCGUCCAAGCCAUUCGUCACCUCGAUCCAGAGCACAAAACCCAGGUCAUUGCCGCUUACAACGCGAGUUUACGCUUCACAUUUUUGGUCAUCGUCGUCGUCGCCAUCUUCCCGGGGCUGUUGAUCUGGCCUUUGAAAAUUCCACGACUGCAGAGUCAAACUGACAUGGACUCUGGUGGACUUGACGGCGCCGGCGACGAUGAACCUAUUCAUGGACUUCUCGACGCUAGAGACCAAGUGGCAGUCCAAUACGACGACAAUGCAUUGUUAGAUGUCAUCGACGAGGAAGCCGGAAGCGGCGACACAGACACAGAAGCCGACGACUAUGCGAUUGACGAUUCCGGUACCAAUGCGUCCUUGUCGAGAACAAACAGCAGAACCAGUAGAACCAUGUCUCAUGCAUCUGCGAGUGCGGCUGGGCGAAUUUCCCGCCGAAAUACUAAUCAAAGUCGAAGUCGUAGAGCGAGCUUUGACUUGCAAUGGCGUUGAAACGGUGACCAAGCAGUCUGGCCUGGUCCUUCCUUUUCACUCUGUUUAUCGAUUAUUGCAUGUUUUUUGAGCGAGCAUGUGGGAACAUGGGCGUUUUAAUCUUUUCAGCGGGAUUUCAUGCAUGUCAGAUAGUAGCAGGACAAUAUGCACGACAACAUGGAUCAACAGAAACACAAAAGUGCUUUUCGAAAAGUCCAUGUUGAAUGCAUGGGAUAUUAGGGACAAGUUGCGUUUUAUACUUAGCGUGAGAUCGAUCAGUGUAACGUUUAUGAGGAGACAGUCCCUCAGUCAUAUCCGUUCAGCUUCAUCUGAUGAUGUCGGUUUUAUAUCCUAAAACUAUAUUAGGUAUG